AUGUCUUCGCUGAAAGACGCCGUGAGGUCACAAGCCCAGCGAAUGCUGAGCCGGAUUGACAGUGAGGCUCAGGCUGCCAACUUGCCUCUCAACAGCCCAGAGCCCCGCCUUGCUCGGACCUUGUUUCAAUCUCCUGAGCCUGUUGAGAGGGUCCAUGACGAAAGUGCUGAGCCGCCCUCAGUUGUGGCUGAGAGUUCUCCGGAAGUCCAGGCGGCUUUUGGCGAGACUCAGUCUGAUGAGAGCCGCCCUCAGUCCGGUGAGAGCCGCCCUGCAGGCCCUGCAGGCCCAAUUCGAGGGCGGUUGAUGGAACAUCUUAUCCCUGCACCUCCAGAGUUGCGACCGUUGGCAAGCAAUGAGUUCAUGGCAUCCGACGAGGAAGAGAAUGGAGUCAACGAGAGACCGGUCAUGAAGAGGCCUAGUAGUGGAAACCACAAAAUGGAGAAUCAGAAGAAACUGAAGGCCACAGCGAAGGGUGUUUGCAAGCGACCUUCAGCGAACGUGGCAAAAAAUGAUGGCGCUGACUCAGCUGAGCCUGGCACAGCUGAGGAGGUGCCUAAUGGUGGUGGUCAGAGCGCGGCCGCGGCUGAUGGUGGCAGGACGGCGGCUGUCAAGCGACCCUCUGCACAGAAGGUUCCAGCUCCCGAUUCGACAGUUCUCAAUUCUUCUGCAGGGACGGACAGUGGUGCCAAGAAGCCUAGGAAGGAGUUGACCAUGGCCGACUGGCCGUGGGUGGAUGUCGCAGAUUCGGAUUCACGUGUCCUUGAGAUGGGAGACUGGAAGGUUUGCGAGCAUGUCCGGCAAUCGGGACAUAUGAAGGGAGAGAAGUGGCGCACAUGGCUGCACAAGCCCACUGGCGAGGUGGCCCACUCUUUGCCACAGGAGGCGGGCGAUUCCGGCUCGAAGCAACACAUUUUCAGGUUUCAGGCUCAGGCCAACUGUCACUUGGACCAGGAGCAUGGCUUCGACAACUUCAUCUAUGGUCUGGCCGAUGAGGUGGCAGCGUCGGCUGGCCCAGACUUGAACCAAGUUCGUUGGGUUCGAUGCAGGAUGCCAGAUCACCCGCCAAAUCCCAAAGACUUGAAUUGGCCACCUGACACGCCAGCUGCUGUGGAGCAUUACUUCCAGAAGAUGGAGAGCCCUGACACCAUCAUGUUUGCACUCACCGGUGCUUUCAAGCAGGAUCACGCAGACCUGGGGCCGGUGGUCUGGCUGAGUGGACCGGGUGACGGAGCGCAAAGGAUUUGCUUCCAAGAUGUCAUGGCGCUUGUGGACCAGGAGAUGGGGACGAUGAUUUUUGGUGAGCCUGUCGUGCAGAUUCGCCAAAAUAUGAAAUUCAUGCAGCAUGGCCGCGGCCAGCCGGCCUCCGAUCCGGUGUCGGCAGCAGCUCGGGAUCUCGUGCCGGCGGCGGCGGGAAACCAUUCCACACUACGAAAAGGUGCCGAACUGGAACCUGUGGUGGUCGUUUCCAGCUGGCUGGUGGUGACGCUGAUGGGCAGCCAUGGACUUCAGGCACCUGCGCUUCAGCAGCUGACGGAGUCUGUGCGCACUGCUUUGGCGGAGAGCUUGCAGGUCUGCCAGUCAUCCUUGCGUGUGACGGACAUGUCUGUGAAAAGCGGGCCUCAUCAGAGUCUGAUGGAGAUCCUACAGGAGCAUUCACACGAAAGAGGGCACCACCAGAGAGCGGCGAAUGCCUUUGGUGCCUCCCAGGUCGCACAGCUCAUGCGCCAGGAGCGAGAAGGGAAAGGAAGCCACGCUGAACUUCUUGCACACCGGGUGAACUUCACACGUGUGAAGGCCAGCUACGAAGUGCGAAUCUUCCCAGAGAUGCGAGUCUCCUCUAAAGAGAUGGUGCAGCGCAUUGAUCGUCUUCAAAUCUUUAGCAGGUUCGCGGAUUUGAACCACCUCCUCGUCCGAAGCCUGAUCCAUCGUUUUCGAGACAAGCCAGCUGAGGGCGCCAUGCUGGAUGAUGUCGGCUAUGGCCGAAGGGAGGUGAAGCCACGGCCAGUGCUGCCAGCACUUCAGGCCAUCGGCGCACCAAUAUGUGAUAGCUCUUUGCUGUGUACUGGUCGCUUGGCUCGGUCGCUUCAGCCGUCGAUGGCGGUUCGGAACGCGUGGCGCGUGGCUCAGAGGCAUGUACGGCAAGGGCAAAGGUAUUGCCUCCUCCGCGAUCCCCUACAAGCGCACCCCACCGACAUGGCUGAAGAUGAAGUCGGAGGAUGUGGUGGAUCACAUCUGCAAGCUCGCGAAGAAAGGGCUGACUCCCUCUCAGAUUGGCGUCACUUUGAGGUGAGGACCUGGGCGCCACAUUUGCAGCAUGAGACGGUGAAGACCGUGACCGGCAACCACAUUCUGCGGAUUCUGAAGACCAAUGGAGUGGCACCCACCCUGCCGGAGGAUUUGUACUUCUUGAUCAAGAAAGCGGUGUCCAUCCGUAAGCAUUUGGACAAGAAUCGCAAGGACAAGGAUGCCAAGUUCCGUCUCAUUUUGGUGGAGAGCCGCAUCCAUCGUUUGGCCAGGUAUUACAAGCGUGUGAAGUCCCUUCCGGCCACCUUCAAGUACCAGUCAGCCACCGCUUCGGCAUUGGUGGCCUAA